AUGACCCGGUAUCCAGCACAGUUGAUCCGUGUUUCAUCCUUUUUCUGGGCGUCGGUAAACUCUCCCAAUUUUAUGGAUUGGAAUAUAAACAAUGUUUCAAAUGGAAGAACUAUGUUACAUAAAGCUUGUGAUUACGGUCAUUUGGAUAUCGUUGAAUAUUUAAUUCAAAAUGGUGCUGAUAUAAAUAAAAAGGACAAUUUUGGUAUUACUCCAUUGCUGUGUGCUCUAUGGGAAAACCAUUUCAAAGUUGCCAAGUAUUUGAUUGAAAAGGGAGCAAUUACAAAUUUAUUAACACCACAAGGAUUGAAGUAUUAUGAAUGYAUUGAAGAUUCCGAAAUGAUUAACUUAUUAAAACGACUAGAAACUCAAUAGUUAAUUUUAUUCCUUUAAUUCAACAGUUAAAUAAUUGAAUAAUUUAUCAAAGUCUAUAUGUACCUCUAAA